AUGACCUCAUUAACGUGGGGACUGCUCUGUUUCAUUGGCAUCCUGGCACCGGGAACUCUGGGAACUUUCCCACAGUUUGGGUCACGCAACCGGCAGAUCCACUCAAUUAGUCCUUUGAUCCCACGAGUAUCCUCGCAAGUCCCUCCAAGGGUUUACCAGAGCUUUGAGGAUAUCAAAUCUAUUGAACACACCUCUGAUGAAGUACCAAGUGCUGAAACUUUUCAAGAGGUCCAGCUGGGUGGUGACACAUCCCAAGGCUACCAGCAACAGCAGGGUGCCCAACCAGGUGCCAACAACAACCUGGUGCAGGACAGGCGGAUUGCUGGCAAUAGAGCUGGUGGCACUAAUUCCAGGUUUCAUCGCUAUCAGUCCUCCCAUCAGCAGCCGCCAAAGAAAAGCCAGCCGCUCUCACAGCUGCAAGACAAAGCUGCACCGUUUGCAUCCUGGCAGCCUGCACGAGACUCGAGCAACUCUCCUGCAUCCUUCAGAGCUGAAGCAGCAACAAGAUCUAACUGCAGGAAUCGUCCUAUCGACCUGGUUUUCAUCAUAGACAGCUCCCGCAGUGUACGCCCUGCUGAGUUUGAAAAGGCCAAAGAGUUCCUGCAAGAUAUGGUGGACAGCUUGGAAAUUGGCUCAGACGCCACACGAGUCGGCCUUGUCAAUUAUGCCAGCACAGUGCAGAUUGAGUUUCUCCUCAAGACGUAUUUUGCCAAGUCUGCCUUGAAGCAGGCACUGGCCCGUGUUGAGCCCCUUGCUUCAGGCACCAUGACGGGCAUGGCCAUCAAGACUGCCAUGGAGAAAGCCUUCACAGCAGAGGCAGGGGCCCGAGGUAGUUCCAAGAACAUUGCCAAAGUAGCCAUCAUAGUGACAGAUGGGAGGCCCCAGGACAAGGUAGAGGAUGUAUCAGCCACAGCACGGGCAUCUGGGAUCGAGAUCUACGCAGUGGGAGUUGACAGAGCCGAUAUGAUGUCUCUCCGCCUCAUGGCCAGCCAACCACAUGAUGACCAUGUCUUCUAUGUGGAGACCUAUGGUGUCAUAGAGAAGCUCACUUCCAAAUUUAGGGAAACCUUGUGUGGUUUGGAUGCAUGUGCUCAGGGACAUAAUUGCCAGCACAUUUGUGUCAACAGUGGCAACUCAUACAACUGCAAGUGUCGCAAUGGCUAUGUCUUGAAUCCGGACAAGAAAACAUGCUCACGUUCAGAUUCAUGCACCCAGGGAAAUGACUGCCAACAUAUCUGUGUCAGCAAUGAUGACUCAUACACCUGCAUAUGUCGAAUGGGAUAUAUUUUGAAUGCAGACCAGAAAACAUGCUCACGUUCCGAUACAUGUACCCAGGGACACGGCUGCCAACAUAUUUGUGUCAAAAAUGGUGAUUCUCAAGUUUGCGUAUGUCGUGAGGGAUAUGCAUUGAAUGCAGACCAGAAAACAUGCUCACAUUCAGAUACUUGUUCCCAGGGACAUGACUGCCAACAUAUUUGUGUCAGCACUGAUGACUCGUUUUUCUGCAAGUGUCGAAUGGGAUAUGUGUUGAAUGCAGACCAGAAAACAUGCUCACGAUCGGCUACAUGUGCUCAGGGACACGAUUGCCAACACAUUUGUGUCAACAGUGAUGACUCGUUUAUCUGCAAGUGUCGUGUUGGAUACGUUUUGAAUGCAGACCAGAAAACAUGCUCACGCUCUGAUUCAGAUGCAUGUGCCCAAGGAAAUGACUGCCAGCACAUUUGUGUCAACAAUGGGAACUCUUACAUCUGCAAGUGUCAAGUGGGAUACAUGUUGAACAUGGAUCAGAAAACAUGCUCACGUUCAAAUGCAUGUGCUCAGGGACAUGACUGCCAGCAUAUAUGUAUCAACAACGCUGACUCAUACAACUGCAAGUGUCGAGUGGGAUACGUUUUAAAUGCAGACCAGAAAACAUGCUCACAGGAGAUGAGAAGUGAAAUAACUCAAGAUGCCUGCAUGUGUGAAGCUCAGAUUGUGUUCCAGAAAAAAGUACAGUCAACCAUUCAGGAGCUGAGCAGAAAACUUGAAGAGCUUUCAGACAAAGUGAACAUGAUUGAUGGCCAACAGCAGUAUUAAGGACAGCGAUGAAGAUGUCAGAAGACAUGUUCAGGACUAAAAAUAUAUUCAAUUCUUCUAUCCAGAGGAAGACAUUUUCAAUAAAAAUGUCUAAGAUUUGGUAGAGGUCUGCAUUGUAUUUCUCAUGCAGUAUACUGGUAGCAUUACUGUUUUAUUUUAUAAACCUGCAUUUUGCAUUCACAACACUGUCUGUUAUUACUUCUAAAUGUUUACAUAUACCUGUAUAUUUGUAAGAAAAUCUACAUUUCCUCCUGGCAGUGUAAGCCAUUGAGUUGAGACUCAAGACAAUUAGGGAAAUUAUAGAAUUGAGAGAGGUGAGAACUUCUAAAAAAAAAAAAUAAACAGUGUUAAACAUGUUAAAAGUUUACUUUCAUAAUGAAUGUCUUUGGUGGAUAAAAUGUUGUACCACAUCCUUGUUGUGUAUUCAGUGCUCUGAGAGCAUUCUUGGUCAGUGUUUUUGUGUUGUUGGUAGAACACAAAGCCUCCAUACAUAACCAUAACACAACAACUAAUCUCUGAUACAACAAGAGCUUUGUUGUUACCCCUCUGAUUGCAGCAUUAUUAUGCAGAGAAAAUACCAAAAUAAAGCCUGAUCCAAUUAACCCAAGGCAGUGUUACAUCACAGUAAAUUAGACUACUAUAAUCCUUUUCUUUGAUACCUGAAAUAUUCUUAUAUAACAGUUAUAUUGUGCAAAAUCAAUCGUAAAUAUUGUUUUGUUUGUAAGAAACAGGAACAGUUGUUUUAGGGGGAGAGGGAAAAUAGUUCAGGGAGUUCAAUAGUACUUUGCUAACUUGGUGAGUCUUGGACUAAAGUCUCUGGUAGGAGCCCUCAGAAUUAAACACCAUUUUCAAUGCAAUAACUUCUGAAAAUUGAGAGACUUUAAGUCAAGAUCCACCCGGUUUUUUCAUCCAGUUAAAACAGUGUUUCCCUGCAUGGUAUUUUCUUCAUAUAAUAGCUACACAAGGACUGUAUUUUCUACUUUGUCAUAUUGUGCAAAACUAAGUAUAAGUAUAGAGUAAUUAUGGUGUCUUUGUGUAAAACUGACAGUUUUGUGCAUACUAUGGUGCUUUUGUGACAGAAAAGACCUUGUCUGUAUAUUUUCUAUUGGGUGUAUAUUUGCACGUGAAA